AUGUAUCCGAGAAUUAGAGAAAUUGAAUGGUACUUUUUCUCUUCUAGAGACCGAAGGUACCCCAAUGGAUCUCGGCCUAAUCGAUCAGCAAAAGGUGGCUACUGGAAGGCAACGAAAAGAGAUGAGAUCAUCACAGCUCAAGGUGGUGAAGAAAUUGGAUUCAAAAUGCAUCUGGAAUUUUAUGAAGGAACACAUGCACAAGGUAGAAAGACAAACUGGAAAAUGCAUGAAUAUAGGAUCAAAGAAGAGAAUGAUAUUGGUCCUCCUCAAAAUACCAACAAGGGUGAAGGUAUCAGCAUGAGGUUGGAUGAUUUGGUUUUGUGUAAGAUUUACAUAAAGAAGAAUUUCAAGGCUGAUACAGACAGCAACAGUUCAAAGACAUCAGACAAUUCUGAUCAAGUAGUACUCCCAGUAACAAAUGUUACAACAUCUAGUGAUUGUCAAAAUAAAUUAGCUAUUCAGCAUGAAGUUCAAGAUCAAUCUCUCAAUGCCUCACAGUUCGACCACAAUGGCUUCUCAACUUUAACGAACUAUCGUGAUGUAGAAUCCAGCAGCAGCAACUUCUGGAAUCAAAACUACACAGAUGAUUACGACACGUACUUGAUGCAGAUGAGUCGAGAUCCAUCAUCGUCACGAUUCUUUUCUUCUCCGUUUCCCUUGCAAUCUUCAACAGACCAGAUUUGCGCAGGAUUGGAGCCUGUAGAUGAUAAGAUAUCAGAGAUCGAUCCAAGUUCUAUGUUACGGUUGAUACCUGCGCAUGUCAGAGAAUGUGAUGAGAAUAUGUCAGAGAAUAAGAAUCAAAACUAUACAGAUGAUUACGACACGUACUUGAUGCAAAUGAGUCGAGAUCCAUCGUCGUCACGAUUAUUUUCUUCUCCGUUUCCCUUGCAAUCUUCAACAGACCAGAUUUGCGCAGGAUUGGAGCCUGUAGAUGAUAAGAUAUCAGAGGUCGAUCCAAGUUCUAUUGUGUUACCUGCGCAUGUCAGAGAAUAUGAUAAUCGUGCAUGUAAAGCCGAGCCUAUUCAGCCUGUUAGGGAUGAAGGUGAUGAUCAUGUGUCUAAAUGA